AUGAAGUACAGAAGAAUAGUGGCGCUGACCGCUUAUGCCGCGUCUACAGCGAUGAGUGCCAUGGCCGGACACGGUCCCAUUGAUGUGGAGACAGUGUCGCCCGUCACAACGUCGACUUCGAGCUUCGGCGAGGACGCAAAUGCGUUCGUUUCCGCGACGACUUUGGCUACGCGCAUAAUGACAGCUGAUGACGCCUCUAUGGGCACCUCGGAAGCGCAGCUCGUCACCCGGACCCGGCGGGACGUCGACAAUUCGGCAUCCACAUCCACAUCCACACCCGCCUUGUCCCUCACUAGCACUCAAACCGCCGCGCUAAACACUGCCACCACGACCAACACUAAUACUACGCUAUCGAGCAACACCCACAACGGAACACGCAAAACCUCCACCGCCCUAUCAACAGUCCUAGACACCGUCCGCAGCAUCCUCUCCCCCGACACCUACAUAGCCACCACAGUCACAACCUGCCUCUACGACACCUCCUCCACCCUCUACUUCACCGCCAUCUACCCCAACAACACCCUCGUCGGCAGCCCCCUCCACCCGGACAUCCCUGGCCUCUACUACAUCGAAACACCCUGGCACCUAACCUACAAAUCCCACCUGCUACGCGCCAUCCUCAACAAUGCCACACAUUCUCCGGACUGCCCCUCCGGGUACUGCAGCUCCGCCCCCAUCCCGGGAAGCAACGGCAUGCGUCUCAAGCGCACCGUCAACUGGGGCGGGCACUGCGGCUACGUUACGAAGUCCGAGGUCUGGAGACUGGGCGUGCAUUUGGGCACCGUGGGGGACUUUUACUACGGCGCGAGGAUGAAUGGGGAGGUUCUUGCUUUCUUUGAAAGCCAGAUGGAGAAGACGUAUCCGAAGGUGGAGAUUGGCUUGGUGCUGGCGUUCACGCUGGCGAUUCCGGGGAUUAUUGUGAUGGGGUUGGUGAUCGCUUGGGGGUGGUGGUUUGCGAGGAAAUGUGAGCGGUUUGUGAGGGCUAGGAGGCAGAGGGAUGCAGCUAGGCAGAGAAGAGCGCGGCGGGAGAGGGAUGAGGAAGCGCAGGUGGGGGCGUAUGAGCUUGAGGAUAGGGAGGGACAGAUGGAGAGGGAGGAGUCCACUCCUCCUGCGUACCAUGAAGCUGUCAAAGAUGAGGUAUGA